AUGGCCGAGCCUGCUACCCCAUUCGGUGCCGACAUGGUCUUCACUGAUGAGCAGUUGGCCCUCGACAAGUCGCUCGCCCACCCCCUUAUAUGGACUGCCUCUUUCCUCAUGAUCCUGGCUGUUGGGAUGACCUCGCUUCGUCUCAGCGCCCGUCUCUGCGUCAAGCUUCCUGCUAAUCGUCGGGGCAAGACGAGCGCAGUUGGGUUGGACGACUAUCUCAUGCUCGCAGCUACUCUCUUCAUGGUCGUCCUCGCCGGCUUCAUCAUCGUAGGGGCAAAGAGAGGGCUCGGAACCCAUAUCUGGAUCAUCGUGCGAAUUCCAACGUUCAACUUCAGAGCAGCUGAGCAUCUCGUCAAGCUGAACUAUGGUGCUUACAGCGCGUACGCAGUAGCAACCUCUCUCACGAAGUUGUCAAUUAUCGCCUCCUACCUUCGUAUCUUCCCCGGAAAGAUAUUUCGCCGAUUGAUGUAUGUUUUGGGGGUCGCCAUCGUGAUACAAGCAAUCAUCUUUGUGCUCGUCGUCGUCUUCGCAUGCACCCCACCAGAAGGCUCUUGGAACUGGUCGAUACCGCGCAGAAAAUGCAUCAACAUCAGACUGUUCUUCUACGUCAGCUCGGCUCUCAACGUCGCUUCGGAUUUUCUCUUGUGGGGAGCGCCUAUUCCGGUAUUUUGGAGAUCCGCCAUGCCUCAACGACAAAAGAUCGAAUUGUCUGGUCUAUAUGCAAUUGGCUUGGUGAGUUGUUUGGCAGGUCUCUUCCGUCUCGGUCAACUCAAGGGCUUGGGUGGGAUUGACGUUACCUAUGAAGGUGCUGCGCCGCUCAACUGCUCGAUGGCAGAAGUAAGCUUCGGAAUUACAUGUGCCUGCGUUCCGCCUCUUAGACCGGUCUUUCGUCUUAUCAAACAACGCAUUCGAAAGCUGUUCGGUUGCACUGAGCCCAGAAAGACUACCCCGAGCCCAAAUUCAUCGGAAAGUAGGGAUUACCUUCGGGAAUUCCGAAAACAGGAUUUGAAAGGACAAGGAAAUAGUGGUCUGGAUAUGGAUGAGUUCGAGCGCAAAUACAUGGGCUCUUCGUCGGUCAUACACACGCCAGCCCAAUGCUAUUCGACCCGUGGCUCUAACUCGGCCACAAGAUCGUCAGGUCUAGCUUUCUCGAGUCAGGGCUCGGCAGGCAAGGACUCGUUAGACCCAUUCUCAUCAUCCUCAGGCUCGGUCACUCCUUCUACUCGUCGUACGCCAACCCAUACCGAAAUAGAGCGCAGUCCUACGUUGGACUGCCCUUCUAGCGCGAGCGACAAGAGUCUAUCCUAG